UUUAGAAACGACCUCCAGACUUCCUGAGGCACUUUCAGCUGCCCAGAGUGCCAUAUAUGUAGCUUUCGGAGCGCUUUCAUGUCAGCGAAGGAGUGAGACGAGACUCUCACAGAAGGAACGUUCCAGAUUUUGCAGUGGUGUGAGCCUACGUAAGGAAUGAGGCAAAUGUGCUGAGUUCCUCGCCCUCAUGCCAAAAUGCUUACCGAAGGAGCUCGCAAACGGGUUCAGGAAGUCGCUUGCUAUAAAAUUACUGCCGCGACAAAGCGAUCACCUGUGGAGAAGAAGCAAAGAAAACACUGGGAACACCACUUUUGCUUCUAAGGAUGACCUGAUUUGGCAGCCGAACGGUGUCUUUCCAGAGCAACCGGCAAUUCAUCAACUCCCAAUUUCGUAACCUUUACUGUUUUAGUGGAAUACUUGACCUCAUCAGGGGAACAAAUUUGCAGCUCUUCAUAACGUCGCACAUCAGUCGGAACUUGUUUCCUUUCUGCAGACCAUACAUAUCAAUCGCCAAGGACUUGAAUCAUGAGCACAUAACUUCGAAGGCCUUCAUGGAAUAACAACCAUAAUCUGCUUCCUCCUCGAUUGAUCUCGAAUAAGGGAGGGCUUCACUCCCAUUCUUUUGCCAUGACGAUGCACAUCUCCCAAGCCCUGGCCCAAAGGCAAAAGGAAAAUUCUCGUAAAUAAGCAGAGGGAAAAACAGCUCAGAUUGUCUUCUGCAGUCAUCUUCAUCUCUGUGAAGGAUGGUACAUUUGGGGAUGACGGUUGUCACGACAAAUGAUAAGUUUUUGAUAAAUCGCCCACGAUUUAUCAAAAACAUCUGUCCAGAGGAAAGUUGAAUAAGCUUGGAUUUCCUCAACAAGUGGCAACUAUACUCAUAUGCGAUAGCGACAACAUUGGAGCUCUAAACUCAUCAAGGAAUCAUAUUCAUCAUCCUAGGACUACACAUACUUUUACUCGUAAAAGUUUUGUUGAGAAGAAAGAGUAGGAGAUACACAUUAGACUAGUUUACUGUACAACUCGGGACGUGACGGAUGAUGUGCAUGCUAAAAGAAAGAUAGACAUGGGAAUUGCAUAUUAGACAAAAGAUUGAGUUUUUAUAUCAUUGGGUGAGAAUGAUGAAAAUGUUAAAAAUGAACCGAAAUUUAGUCUAUAAAUGUUAAUUUCUUAUUUUAGUUCAUUUCUUUUCAGUAGUGUUCACCGCCAGCCUCAAAUUUAGAACUAAAACAGAGUCUCGAAUGUGA